AUGGCGACUGGUUUUCGUCAGGUACCUAUGGAAGCAGAAUCAAUUGCCAAAACCGCUUUCGUGAUCCCAGAAGGUUACAUCAAAUAUGUUAAGAUGCCUUAUGGCCUUUCUAAUGCUCCAGUAUUUUAUCAAAAGAUCAUUUCAAAGACUCUGAAGUCUUUCAUCGAUUCAGGAAAGGUCCUUGUAUACAUAGAUGACGUACUUUUGCUUUCCGAUAUGAUAAAUGAAGGAUUAGCCCCACUACGACGAGUCUUAGAAACCCUUACUUCGUCUGAUUACUCUGUAAAUCUUAAGAAAUUUACCUUUCUUAGCAGUGAAAUACAGUAUCGUGGGAGGGUUAUUAGUAAUGAUCAGGUUAGGCCGAGCAUGCGUAAGGUCCAGGCAUUGGUUGAUUCCCCAAAGCCUCGAAGUGUUAAACAAAUUCGACAGUUCCUUGGCCUUGCGGGCUAUAUCAGAAGGUAUAUUCCAAAUUAUAACCAGCGAACAGCUUGUAUCGCACAUUUAACUAAAAAGAACAUGCCGUUUGAGUGGGGAGUCGAGCAAGAUAAAGCUCGUCAGUAUAUUAUUGACCGUUUAACAAUCGAACCCGUCCAUGGCAACAUUUACAACCCUCAGUUACCUACGGAGGUGCACACAAAUGCAAGCGCUAUCGGUUACGGUGCAGUCUUAAUACAGAUUCAUGAGGGUGGGCUUAGGCGUGCAGUAGCGUAUUUAAGUAAAAAAACCCAAGGCGUGGAACCCAAAUAG